CACGGUUUUUUUUUAAUUAUAGUAUAAUAGGUAUUAUAAGUUUUAUUUCAUAUUUAAUUUUUUGAGUUAUUGACCAAUAUUUGUAAUUUUCUUUUCAUACGCGAAUUCGUAUCACGUCAAUAUUGUCUUGGAGAUUUGAAAACGUUUGUAUGUUUCAUUAGCCAUCGAGUUCCGUAUUUUACUAACCAUCGGGUGCUCAAGGUGCAAUUUUCAAGUAUGCUGUGAAUCGCGUCUAGAAGUUAUUCAACAUACGUAUUGUAUUAUUUCUAAGUGUGCACCGAAGAAAAUCAUCUCAAAAGAAAGCACAUAAUAUAAUGUGGGAAAUUUUGAUCUAUGCAUUUUCCAUGUUCAUGACUGGAGCGUUGUUAUUUCUCAUGGUUUACUCUAUAAUAACAUUGUCAGAUCUUGAAUGUGAUUAUUUAAAUGCUCAAGAAUGUUGUAACAGACUGAAUUUUUGGGUACGACCAAAAAUUGUUGCACAAACAAUUAUAGUAGUAGGAUUUUUGACUGAUAGCAAUUUGUGGAUGGCCCUUGUAAACAUACCAGCUGCUGCAUGGGUCAUUUAUGAGUUUGUCACUGUACCCAGAGGAAAUACGGGAUUAUUUGAUCCUACAGAGAUUCACCACCGUGGCCAAUUAAAAAAGCAUAUGCGUAAUUUUGUAAUAUUUACUGGAUGGUAUCUCAUUACUUUUUUCUUCUAUUUAUAUUUCAUGAUAUUAGCUAUACUUAAAGGCAACCCCUUGGAGACUGAAGCGCCUCAGCACGUCAACAAAUUCUAGUCUUAACUUUUGCACGUCCUAACAUUUAAUAUAUUAAGUUGUUUUAUGUGUAAACAUUUGUUUGGUUUUUUUUAAUAACAUGCACACUUCAGUUUAAAAUCAUUGGUUUUAUUAUAUACAUAUGUGCUAUAUUAUACCACUGUACAAAAAGAGGUAAUUGGAUUAUUGCUACCAAUAAUGGG